AUGGCAACUUCCUCAUUCUUGCCGCUCUUCACAAUCAAAGCUGUACGCACCCCAGCAGCUGACCGUGUCCUGGGACUCGGCGAAUUGGUCGAGGCGAUUCUCCUCCACCUCACACCACCCGAUAUCGUGAUAUGCCGACGAGUCAGCAAGAAAUUCCUCGAGACCGUAACAUAUUCCAAAGCUGUCCGCCAACUCAUCUUCGUCGACUCUGAACCUCAAAGCGAGCGGACAGUCAAUCCUCUCGCUCCAGCAUGGUUUCACCAACAGAGAAAUGGAUACCGAGACAGCACCAUCGCCGCUCGGAUCAAUAUUCUGGAUCUUUGGGAGAACUCUGGCGCUGAGACGAGGCCGCUAUGGGAUAAGAUGUUGAUUUCGCAGCCGCCCACGACGACUUGUGUUAUUCCGGUGGGGAAUCAUCUGACCAUCUUCUUUCGAAGGUAUUAUCCCGAAGGCAUGACGUUUGGCGAUCUGGAACGUGCUGUCAUCGCUGCUUUUGAGAUUCGCAAGGGGAGGAAGUCGAGUCGAGAGAGGCUUGAAGAUCUUUCGAACAAUAAUUCGGUGCUGAUUUACUGGCGAUGA